AUGGAACAGUGGCAUCGGCAAGAUUCGCAACAUUUAUCAACAGGCGUCACAGCCUGUGCACACAAUUUUCUACAUAUUGCAAGAGAAAAACGUGAAAAGCUACUUCGAAAAGUCUUUUUCCACGACGAUAGCUCACAGAAUGGUCAAAUUCUCCGGACUACCGGAGGUUGGCAACCAACAGAUUCGGGUUCACAUCGUACAAGUCCACGUUCGGAUUAUACUCGUCGUACGCCAAGUGUCGAUAGUCUAUCAUCCGGCAGGUUAACACCAUGCUCGAUGUCCACUGUGACAUCAUCGACGAACACACUCCAUCCUGAUAAUGUCCGAUCGGAAGCCAGUACUGUUAAUCAUCGUGCCAGUCCGUGUCCAUCAGAAAUGAGUGAAAUUUCAUUUUCAUAUUCGAAUCCCAAAUAUUUUGUGCGCACAGCCAUUUUUCAACCUGUAUCAGCGUCUUCUACUAGGCCAACAGCAGGCAGUUUUUUACCAUUAUUGAGUGCAGAUAAGGUGAAGAUGAACGAUGGACACCGUUCUCCGGCACCUGGACCAGAUUAUGAUCAACUUAAGAUUGAUUCUUUAACGUUAGAAGAACUCGUGAAACGUUUAACACCAUCAUGUACAAACACACCAGAAGAUAAUCGUUCAGGUCUGUUGAAAAAUUAUUUAUCACUGCUUGCUCAAUGGACAAAAACGUUCCCGUAUGACUUUCGCAAUCCACGUCUAAUGAGUCAAUUACAACAUGUCGCCGAGAAAAUUACCAGAACAUAUCCACUGUUGAAACUAAAUGUCAAUGCAUUAGUUUUCGACCUUAGUGCAAAAUUGACCAUUUUAGAUAAAUAUGAACAAUAUCUAACAUUAGUCAACAACGAAACAGGUAAUCGACUCAACACAUGUGUUCUAACGACAGAUAUUUAUGAGCAAUGUCCAUGUCCAAAACAGUUUGCUCACCAGUUGACGUUUAUCGAACUGGAUAGACUUAAACCGAUUGGUGCCGAAGAGUUUAUCGAAUAUUUUGCAAUAAAGAUUGCAAACGAAGAAGCUCGUGCACGUCCGGAGUGUGUCAAUGCCACCACAACAACAAAUGAAAAGCAAGCCGAAGUUGACAAGUGGUCAUUUUCGUUAGAAUCUUAUAUAUCGUGGUCAAAUCGUCUUGGACUCUUUGUCACUACUGAAAUAAUCAAACAUUUAAAACGACAUAUACGAGUGAAAUUAAUCAACUACUUUAUUGACGCUGCGCUAGAAUGCUUUAAUACGGGAAAUUUUAACUCAAUGAUGGGCAUAUUAGGUUAG